AAGAAAGUGUUUAUACAUAGCAGAUUUGCGCAAAAGUUAUCUUAAAAUUAAAACUAAUAUUAAGCUAUUUUGACUUAAAAAUAAUCAAAAAUGUCAAGUUUGCCCAUUCUAUUGAACUUAAUUGAUGAGUUGGAUCGCGAGAGCUACAAUCCGCUGUACUACGGUAACGACUUCGGAUUAGGCUUGCAUCCACAUCAUAUUCAUCGCCAUCACCAUCAUCGACAUGAGCCAGCUGCUAACAAUCUUGUUGGCUAUUCCCUGCCCUUGGGUUUGGUAAAUCGCUUGGGCGAACGAGCUCUCAGUCGACGGGCGCAGCAGGGCGAAGGCCGUUUGUCUCCAGUAGGUAAAGAUGGCCUACAAGUGUGCAUGGAUGUGGCUCAGUUCAAGCCCAGCGAGCUGACUGUAAAAGUAGUUGAUAAUAGCAUUAUUAUCGAGGGCAAACAUGAAGAACGUGAGGAUGAACAUGGUUACAUUUCACGACACUUCGUACGGCGAUAUGCGCUACCGAAGGACUACGAUGCCGAUAGAGUCAUUUCAACGCUUUCAUCAGACGGUGUCCUCACAGUUAGCGCUCCGAAGCCACAAGAAGAAAAAUCCAAUGAGCGUGUUGUACAAAUUCAACAAACCGGUCCGGCUCAUUUGAAUGUCAAACACAAUACGGAGGAGAAGAUUGGCGAUGCCAACGGAGACGCCGAGCAAAAGUAAAUGGCUGUAGACAGACAGUGAUUGCAAAGAGACUUCAUACACAAUUGAUUCAUUCCAUAUGUAGUAGAAACGCUUUAAUAAUUAGUAAUACGAUGUAUUUUCGAUAAAUACUACUUUUGUGCAGAAACAAACAAAUUAGAAUAGCGUGCUGGCAAAAAUGCAGUACAUUCUCAUUCAUAUUUCUUUUAAUUAUCCAUGUAGUAUUAUAAGUUUUUGCUGUUUAAUAAUAUAUGUUCGUAAUAAUUUUAUUAAAAUUA